CUAAUUGCUCUCAAGUGAGGUCAGCAGGAGGCAUUUAUCUAAGCAGAGUGAACAGCAACAGUGGAAGAUGCACAUAGUCAGCCUGCCAGAAUCAGGGAGACAUCUAUGGGAAUUGACAGAAGCUCCCAGCUCUUGCUUAGCUUUACUGCAUUACUGGGCUUGGUUUGCAACUGAGACUACAGCUUUAGAACUACAGAGUCUUCAAAUUAAAACUCUCUCUGAAAGGGAACACACGUCUGACAACUCCUGUCAUCACUCAGAGUACAUUGACAUCCUGCGUAACAUUUCAUGACCUGGAUUAUGACGUCCCUUGUCGGACUAUGGUCUCUAAGGAUGAAGCCGUCAACGCAGAUCGUCACUGAGGACUAAAGAGAGACAUCAUCUCAUAAUACUGUCACCUGUCUUCCAACCAGGCAACAGCAGUUUUCAGCAGUCCACAACCAGCUUCACAAAGUCUCCCCCACAACCACCCCAUCUCAACGUCCGACUAGAAACCCCUGCUGCAGGAACAGGGACCCGGAGGUCACAACACAAGUCUUACAAGUCAGCGAUCAGGGGGUUGCUGGGCAGAGGGAUAGUGCACAGAUCUCUAUCUCACAUUUAAGUAUGUUGUUCAUUGAUCCCCACUGCAUUGUAUUAUAAUGCACAAAUGGAUGCUGACAUGGAACCUUCAAAAUCUGUUCUCGGGACUGUACCUGCAUGUAAUCUUCUUGUUCGGCAGUGUGUGUGUGGUCUACAGUGACUGCACUCCAGAACAACUUUCUGCCAUCAUGAACUGCUCCAAACACGAGCGCCACACCAGGAACUACGACUACAUGGAGGGAGGAGAUGUGCGCAUCCGACAACUGUUCAGUCGCACACAGUGGUUCCUAACAAUUGAUGACUAUGGCAACAUCACUGGGACUCAAGAUCCCACCAACUGCUACAGUAUCCUGGAGAUCAGGACAGUGUCUGAGGGGGGCAUACUGGCUAUCAAAGGCGUGAAGAGUCAGUAUUAUAUCUCUAUGAACAAGGCUGGACAGCUGCAAGGCAAGAGGAUCUACAAUGAAAACUGCAACUUCAAGGAGGUUUUCCUAGAAAACUACUUCAACGCUUACUCCUCUGCAAAGAGGACUAAAAAUGGCAAAGAAAUGUUUAUAGCCCUGUCUCAGAAGGGAAGGCCGAUGAGAGGGAAGAAGACCAGGAGGGAGCAUAUAGCAUCUCACUUCAUCCCUAUGAAGUGCAGGGAAGAGGAGAGGAGGGUGGACUGAAAAAGCUGAGGACUAUUGAGUCGCAAAUUGUGUAUGAUUUCAAUCACAUAUUAUAUAUGUUAACAGACACACGUAAACUCAUUACUGACAUCACGCUCCACUCUCCUCAAGUUAUAGAGCAGUUAUGUAAUGUUCAAUAAUACGUUGUAGUUUUCAUAAGCAACAGAUAUCAGAUGGGCACAUUCAACUAUUCCAAACAUUCUCAAAUAAGAUGUUGAAACAAGGAAAUAUUUGAAAUAGCUUCAACUGGUACACAAACUGUAAAACCACUAAAGUCUACUCAAUGUUAUUGUUAUUUUGAGUUAAAUAUUAUAUUUCCAUAUAAAACAGUUAAGUGUUUACUUAUAAAACAGUAAAAUGUAUUACACAGUCAGGACUGUAUCCUUUUCCAAAGAUGAUCUACACCCAGCCAGAUAAGGAGACCUGUAUGAUCAACAGUAAGGUCCAGAAUGGAGAUUUGGCUUGACCAAGAUGUGCUGAAGCAAGCUGGACUUGUCUUUUUUUCCUGGUACAAGUGCUCAGAGCACACAAAUUAGAAGCACAAUAAACUACAAAUGCAUGUUCAGUAAAAUUAGAGUAUGUAGGACAAUCUGUUUGUGGAUGAUCUGUCUGUCCUUCCUGCAUUGAAGACCAGACUGUGGUCAAAUGCAUCGUAGCUGCUCACUGAUUCCCUCUUCAUGAUCAAGGUGUGAUUUUAAAAUGCUAAAAUAUUCUGCUGCUGCUGGUGAAAAGAUAUCCAGAUUAAAAUACAAAAUGAACAACAAAAGAAAUGUGUAUGCUAUGCAAUCUCUUUCCAUC